GGCUUUUCAUCAUGCCAAGUAUAAAACUAAUAUAUAAUACUAACAAUAAAAUGAUCAAGUGUAGCUUGUUGCUUACCUGUAUUUUUUUCAUGUGUAUCUUAGUAAAAAGUGUAAAACAGCAGGUAUCGUACUAAGGAGUUUUACUAAUGCUGUGCUGAAACCUGCAUUGCAAUUUUUCGAAAAGUUACCUUUUUCCCCCUCUCCUUUAUUCUCUGAGUGUUUGAGAAUUUAUUUCAAAUGUUUCCAGGUGGCAUCUGGGGACAUGUUUUUAAUAUUUGAGGUAUGUUUCUCCCAAAGGGAAAAGUUCCUUCACGAGCUCCUAAAUUUAACUGAAGUCAGGAAGCCAGGAUGGCUAUAAACAGCUGGAGAGAUAACUGUAAAGCAAAAGGAAGGAUACGCACACAACUCCUUUGCUUACUUCGUAACUAAAUAAGUAUAAGAACACAAGCUAAGUCGGUGAAAUAGACUGAACAAGCUUGCUUCUGUUGUGUUAGUCUGCCAAAGUAAUGUCUGAAGCUUACUGUUGAGACAUGUAAUUAUUAAUCAGUUAUAAUCUAUGGUUUUCUGCAUGUUUGUUAGUGGAUUCUAAGAAAAUUGAUCAAGAUGCUAAAAUUCCACAAGAAACUUUUAAUGGGCUGAAGAAUCUGGGGCUCUUUGGCAUGCAGAUACCAGAGGAAUAUGACAAUUUGUUUUGUUAGACUACAUCUUUUUCAGGUGGCCUUGGUCUUUCAAAUACAAUGUAUGCACGUUUAGGAGAAAUAACUUCUCAAGAUGGAGCUAUUGCAGUAACUUUGGCAGCUCAUCAGGCUAUAGGGCUAAAGGGGCUCCUGAUUGCAGGCACUGAGGAACAGAAGAAGAAGUAUCUACCUAAACUGGCUUCUGGGGAGCACGUUGCAGCAUUUUGUCUCACAGAACCAGGAAGUGGAAGUGAUGCUGCAUCCAUCCAGACCAGAGCCACCUUGAGUGAAGAUGGAAAGCAUUAUAUGUUAAAUGGUUCAAAGAUAUGGAUAUCAAAUGGUGGUAUUGCAGAUAUCUUUACUGUGUUUGCAAGAACUGAGAUUGUUGAUAAAGACGGUGCAGUAAAAGACAGAAUUACUGCUUUCAUUGUGGAAAGAUCUUUUGGUGGAAUCACUAAUGGAAAACCAGAGGAUAAACUGGGUAUACGUGGAUCUAAUACUUGUGAAGUUCACUUUGAAAAUACAGCAGUACCUAUAGAGAAUGUUAUUGGAGAAGUUGGAGGAGGAUUUAAGGUAGCUAUGAAUAUUCUAAACAGUGGAAGAUUUAGCAUGGGCAGUGCUUCUGCUGGAAUGAUUAAAAAGCUGAUUGAAAUGACAGCAGAGUAUGCUUGUACAAGAAAACAGUUCAAUAAGAAGCUGAGUGAAUUUGGAUUAAUUCAGGAGAAGUUUGCCCUUAUGGCUCAGAAAGCUUAUGUAAUGGAAAGCAUGGCCUAUCUCACUGCAGGAAUGAUGGACAGGCCAGGGAUCACAGAUUGCUCGGUUGAAGCUGCCAUUGUUAAAGUGUUCAGUUCUGAAGGUGCUUGGGUUUGCGUGAGUGAAGCAUUGCAAAUUCUUGGAGGCCUUGGCUACAUGAAAGACUAUCCGUAUGAGCGCUACCUCCGAGAUUGUAGGAUACUUCUGAUUUUUGAGGGAACAAAUGAAGUUUUGAGGAUGUAUAUUGCCUUGACAGGCAUGCAGUAUGCAGGCAAAAUCCUAACUGAAAAAAUAAAAGAAUUCAAGAAAAGAAAUGUAAAAGUGAUGUGGAAUGUACUUACGAGCAGGGUGUUUAGCAGCAGGGCUCCAAGCAUAGGCUUAAUUGGAAAAGGAGGAGGAGUUCAUCCCAGUCUCAAAGAAAGUGUCGAGAAACUUGAGCUAAACGUCUGUGAUUUUGGAAAGACAGUUGAAAAUUUGCUGAUGAGGUUUGGCAAGACUCUUGUGGAUGAGCAGAUGGUUCUUAAAAAAGUGGCAGAUGUUGUCAUUAAUCUAUAUGCAAUGACUGCAGUCAUAUCCAGGGCUAGUCGAGCUAUCUGUAUUGGUUUGAAUAAUCAUGAUCAUGAGGUGCUGCUUGCAAAUAUUUUCUGCACUGAAGCUUGUUUUCAGAAUAAUUACACGAUGGUAUCAUUAGAAAAAAAUUCUCCUGAAAACCUGGAUGACAGCAUUAAAAAAGUGGCAAAUCAAGUUCUGGAAAAAAGAUCCUAUAUUUGUUCACACCCACUUAAUAGAACAUUCUGAAAGUUGGAAAAUACUGCUGGAGCCAGAGUGCAUAGUGUCACUGAAUGUGUACAAACUGGAUCCUCAGGUAUAUUCUUAGAACUGGGACAAAACUCGUGACUAAUAACAUCUUCAUGAAAUUCAGUUUCGUAUCCUGCAGUGCAAUUUUAUAGAAUGAAAUAAAGUAAUAAAUUGUGUAA